AUGCAUUUUGGGCUUAGAGAAUUUUUGGUAAUUACUGGUUUUAAGUGUGGUGGGUGUAUGGUUUUUGAUCAUGAUCAGAAUAGUACAUCUAAGUUGCUUUCUCGUUACUUUCCAAAUGCUGUUGAUAAGGUUUUGAAAGCUGAUUUCAUAAGAGUGUUUAAAGAAGAUGGUUUGAUUCAUGAAGAAGACUUUUUUAAUAUGUCUAUGAUUUAUUUCAUUAGCACAUUCAUUUUGUCAUCUCCACCACAAUUGUCACAUAUUCCAAAAGAUCACUUCUUAUGUGUUGAGUCGGGACAGUACAUCACGUACCCCUGGGGCAAUCUCUCCUUUUUUAAUCUUCGUCAUUCUAUAUCGAGUCAAAUGGCAAAAGAUCCGGAUUAUGUGAAGUUUGAAGGGUUUCCUCUCGCAUUGCAAAUUUGGUUUUAUGAAUGUUGUAACAAAGUUGAUGGUUCAAUUGCAAUUCGUAAAUUCAAUCGAACGCCUAGAAUAUUCAAUUGGGAUAUAUCCAAAAACAAGAUAUAUUUUGACCAUCUCCAGAAAGGAAUGUUCAGAAAAUACGGCAAUCAGUAUACAUUUGAAGAUCUUGUGUUCAUGGAUGAGGAGCUUCAUAUCAUUGAGUCGGAAAAUCUUACUGUUUUGACUGAUAUGCCAUUCAAUAAGAAGAGUAAACGUGAUAGAUAUGUAAGGCAAAAUCAGAAUUUACAGACUCAUUCUGUCGUUCGACAGAAUGUUAAAGAUUUGCCUCAUAGUUCUGCACAAAAGGUUGGAAGUGAUCCGAGUUUGUCAUUUAAUAAAGAUUUGCAGAAAAUUGCCCAAGAAGUUGUGAAGGUUCGUAAUGAGUUGGAAAAGCUUGAAAAAAAUGUAGAUGCUAAGUUUGUUGAAAUGAAGGCUUUUAUGGAUUCAUCAUUCAAAUAUAUCAUUCAAGAGUUGAAAUCUCUUCAUAAUGAUGUUUCAACCAAAAAAGAUUUAGGUGGUGAACGGGUUGUUGUUGAGGAUCAAAGAAAAGGAAAUGUUGAUGUUCAAAAUGAACAUUUGCAAGAUUGUGGAGAUAAAGAUGGUGUCCAGACACCAUCUUCGUUUCGUAAUCAUGUUAUUGAUAACAAUUGUGGUGUAUCUGUUGAUUUUGAAAUAAAUAGAAAAACUCCUACAUUGGAUGACUUUGUUAUGCCCAAUAUGCGUGAAUCACAGUUGGUUGCUCUUGAAACUGGACAAACAUAUGUGUCAUCAUUGGUAGAUGUUGAAUCUGAAAAUAUUUGUGUCACACCUUUGGAAGUUGCUAAAGCUGGAAAAACAAAGUUCAAUCAGUUUGGUGUUAUUGAGGGUGAAAACACAUUUAUCUCACCAGUUCAGCAUGUUCGUACGAAGAUUCCAGGAAAGUAUGCCCAAUCACCAUACACAAACUUAAGUGAAUCAGGUGGCACAUCGGUGAACAUAGUGAAGUACUGUUUAUGGAGGCAUCCUUUUGUAAAUUACAAAGGGUUUGAUAUGUACAAUGAAGUUAUCCUUCAAUUUAAGAAAUGGGUUGAUAGCAAAUUAUCCAAGAAACGUGGAAAGAAAACCAGUUUCUUCACUGGUGCUUCAAAUCCAAUUGAUCCUCCUUUUGAGUUUGGUGUUGGUAGGGUGGAUUUGAUGGAUUGGUUUCACCCUUUGGCUUAUCCAGGACAGCCUUGGAGUGAUUUGCAUGUUGAUGUGAUAAUGUAUUAUCUUCGCAAGUUUUGCAAGUAUGGUCCUGAUAAUAGUGCAAGAGUUACUACUACUGACCCUUUUUUCAUCAGUUGGGUUGUUCAAAUUCAUGAUGCGUGGGAGGCCAAUGGCAAAGAUGAAAGUCUGAUUAGUAUACAUCAUGAGGUUGCACAAUAUAUAAGAGGUGAUAGGAUUCUUGCUAAUACUCCAUGGGUGGAUGUUGAUCAUGUAUGCAUUCCAGUCAAUAGUAGUGCUGCAUUCCACUGGUUUCUGGUUGUUUUUUCCAUCAGAAAAAGGUGUUUAUAUAUUUAUGAUUCUUUAAAUGGUUAUGAGGUUAAACAUACCAAUGCAGUAACAAGUUUGGUUCAAAAAAUAUCUAGAAUGAUACCUUUGUUCCUAGUUGCUACUGAUUAUUAUGCUUUAAGGAAAGACAUUGACUGGAAUACAGAUGUGCAUUAUGCUGGAAGGCCAGUUGGUGAUCCGUUGGUAUAUGGUAAUAUUUAUAGGGGUUGUGGUCUGUAUACCUGUGCUUUUGCUGAGUAUGUGUGUCGUGGAGAUAGGAACGUAUCUAUGUCGGGUUUAAAUGCUGAAAAUCUUCGAUUGAGAUUUGAAGCAUUACUGUGGGAAUAUGGAAAGAUGAAAAUUGAUACUGAAUCUGUUAGUGAAGAUGAAGCUUCUAACCAAGGUCGUCGGUCAAAUUGGAGGGUCAAGGAGUAA